GGCGGGCUGGCGGAGCCCAGGGGAGCCUCGGAGCGGCGGCGGAGUCCGGGGCAGCAGCGCAGAUUAAUUGAAAGGAGAAUGAAAGGAGCAUUGCUCAAAAAGCAAAUCUGGCAGAUUUUUCUUUAGGUGCUGUUUCUUUUGGUUGGAGAAAUCCGGGUGGAGAUCCACAUAGUGGUCAUCUUUACGGGAGCUGGUUAUAGACUGCUUUUCAUUUAUCUGCUCAUCUCCACUGUCUUUUGGAGGAAUACAUUUUUCCAGUGUCUUUAGAACAAACCACCAAACUAAGAUGCAAAUUUCAUAUUCCGCUAUUUAAAGCUUAACAGUUCAGCCAUGGAAACUCUCCAAGCUAGCUUCCCUUUGGUUCAGGGCUCCAAUAAAAAACGGAAUGGGCUACGGGAUGAGGGUAGCCCUCCAAUGAAAAAAAUGAUGACAGAAAUGCACAUAAAUGGCAAAGUGCCAACUGUGAAGAAGGAGAAUAUGGAUGACUAUGGGGAAACUCCAAUGGAGACUGAUGGGGAAAAGGCCAAAUCAAGCUGUCAUUCAGUGUCUGAACCUUUACAUUUAAAUCCUAGUUUAAAGCACACACUGGCCCAGUUCCACUUAAGUAGCCAGAGCUCUCUGGGUGGACCUGCAGCAUUUUCAGCUCGCUAUUCCCAAGAAAGCAUGUCGCCUACUGUAUUCUUGCCUCUUCCAUCCCCUCAGAUUCUUCCUGGGCCAUUGCUCAUUCCUCCAGAUAGUUCCACGGAACUUACUCAGACUGUCCUGGAGGGGGAAUCUAUUUCUUGUUUCCAGGUUGGAGGAGAAAAGAGACUCUGUUUGCCUCAAGUCUUAAAUUCUGUCCUCCGGGAUUUUUCACUCCAGCAAAUAAAUACCGUGUGUGAUGACUUGUACAUAUAUUGUUCACGCUGCACCUCGGAACAACUUCACAUCCUGAAGGUCUUGGGAAUCCUUCCGUUCAAUGCCCCAUCCUGUGGGCUGAUCACACUCACUGAUGCUCAGAGACUGUGCAAUGCUUUGCUCCGUCCACGAACCUGCCCUCAAAAUGGUAGCAUGCUUCCUGCUAAAAACUCCUUGGCCCAGUUACAAGAAACUGGCAGGGCCUUUGAAGUGGAACAUGAGUGUUUGGGUAAAUGCCAGGGUUUAUUUGCACCCCAGUUUUACGUUCAGCCCGACGCACCAUGUAUACAGUGUCUGGAGUGCUGUGGGAUGUUUGCACCCCAGACAUUUGUGAUGCAUUCACACAGAUCACCCGACAAGAGGACCUGCCACUGGGGCUUUGAAUCAGCCAAGUGGCCUUGCUAUCUUCAUGUAAACCAAAAAUACUUAGGGACGCCGGAAGAAAAGAAACUCAACAGUCUUUUGGAAGAAAUGAAGGAGAAGUUUAGUGUCCGGAGUGGAAAGAGAGCUCAGUCCAAAGCAGAUACACCCCCAGGGCUGGAAUUGCCAUCAUGGUAUCCAGUUAUAAAGCAGGAAGGUGAUUCUGUUUCUCAACCUCCUCCAUUCAUCCAUCCCAGCUACUACCUGUAUAUGUGUGAUAAAGUGGUUGCUCCAAAUGUGUCGCUUACUUCAGCUGUGUCGCCAUGUAAAGAGGCCACAAAAGCAGGGGCCAAAAUGGCAGAAGGAAACAAGGCUUCACCAGGGCAGCCUGAGAAAUCUUACGCCAGCAGCAAAUCACGAAAAGUUGCUUCUUACCCAGAGCUUUCUCUCGAGGAACAAGAGAAGAUGGAUCUCAAAUCUGGUCAAGAACUUAGUAACCAUCUGGAUCCAUCUGUGUCAACCUCUUCUACAAACAAAAGGAAAUUGGAGCCCAAGGUUUGUAUCAUAGACUCAGAAACCAGCAAGGUGGAAACAGGCCAAGAGGCCCCAACUAUAUGGCCAUCGAUCAUCAAGGAUAUCAGCUGUGAGGACGAUAAGAGUAAAAUCAUGGAGGAAGUUAUGAGAACCUAUGUGAAAAAACAAGAGAAAUUGAAUUCUAUUUUACAGAAAAAGCAACAGCUUCAAAUGGAAGUGGAAAUGCUGAGCAGUUCAAAAGCCAUGAAGGAACUCACCGAGGAACAACAGAAUUUACAAAAAGAGCUGGAGUCUCUACAGACUGAGCAUGCCCAGAGGAUGGAAGAAUUCUACAUUGAACAGAGGGACUUGGAGAAGAAAUUGGAGCAAGUGAUGAAGCAAAAGUGUACCUGCGACUCAACGUUAGAGAAAGACAAGGAGGCUGAAUAUGCUGCUCAGUUGGCUGAGCUGCGCCAGAGAUUGGAUCAUGCCGAGGCAGACAGACAAGAGCUUCAGGACGAACUCAGGCAGGAGCGAGAAGCCAGACAGAAGCUGGAGAUGAUGAUAAAGGAAUUAAAGCAUCAGAUUGUAAAAUCUGCCAAGACUGCGAAAGAGUAGAGAUCGGCGAGGAGAGCUCCCUGUGCUUGCUCCCCCAGUGGGCCUUUGUGCUUCACCUGGGAGCGACUGGCCUGCGUGAAGAGCAAGGAGGCAUUCUCUUCAUUGGGAGUUUACAGGGAAAGUGAAGAGAUGAUAGAGAUUCAAAUUUUAAGAUUUUCCAAAUGAAUGAAAAUCUGUUUCUUUGUACUAGUGUUUUUAAAAAUCUUAAACAACUAGUAACACUGAAACUAUAUAUUUUUAAAUAGGUGUCUGCCUCUAUUUCUAAUGCAAACGACUGUUGUGUACCUUUCUAAAGCAGCAUUGUAUGACAGGACAUACCCUGUGGUCCGUUUUUAUUGUUACCCAUGUUUCACACUUGCUUUUGGAAUCACUUUCUGCAAUAUUUUUGGUGUCUUCUUACUUCGAUAUUGAAUCGUGGGAGGCGUCCAAGCUCCAUCUUUUCUGAGUGUUAAAAUGGAUACCAUUUUCUUGGUAAGUUGCUGUUGUGAAUUCAUGAAGAACUCCAUAAAGAACAUUAAUUCCUGAUUCUCUCCUGACUGUGGAAGGAAUUUCCAUGAACAUUGGUGGAGGAAUUCAUUGCGCAUUGCGAAAAGGAAUGGCUGACUUGGUGGGGGAUUGGUUUUCUUUAUCUUGUUUAAAUGUGCUUAUGCGAGGCUAUUUUUUUUUUCCAGGCAGUAACAGUACAUUGAACUUAAAGUAAUAAUUGCGACUUACUCUUUAGAAUCCCUGAAUUAUUUGUCCUAAGAGUGACAUGAAAAUAUUAAUUCUUGGGAAUGUGGGAGGGAGGGAACCCAGUUGUGUUAUCAUUAAUGUAGAUCAGCUGCUUUGGUAUCCAUUAGCUUCUCUCCUGUACAGUUUUUAUAUGUAGGUAGGGAUCAGACUGAUGUUUAUAAUUGUGGGUUUGUUUUUCUUUGAGUUGUAAAAUAUGAAGUACUUUGAAAGUCACUUAGAAUUUUUGUAUAUGUAAAUGUCAAGGUAAAUCUUACCAAAAUCUCUGCAAAUGGACCACGUUCAUUUAGCUCUUUAAUGUUAAAAAUCAGGAAUUUGCAGCCAUUAGAUACUAAUGCACCAUAAAUUAAUGCAUGGGAAAAUCCAGAUAUCUGCUGAUUUGCAUACAAUUUUCAGAAGCAAGACAGGAAUUCCACGUGGGAAAGUAAACUCUUGCACUUUUUUUUUUUUUUGCACAGAUAGGUCUGUCAUUCUUUAAUGUCAGAUUUUACAUGAAUUAUCCAUUUAUUUAAAAGAGCUAAAAUAGUAGCAUUCAUCUUUUUUCAUGAUGUACACUGAAACCACCAUUCAUUGGAAAUAUUUUUCCAUGCUUUCUAAGCUUUUGAUAGUCUCUCAUAAGGUACUGUUUGAUAACUAUUAGUUCAGACCACUUACAGAUAUAGAUAUAUGGUUGGAUUUUUUUUUUUUUUUUUUUUUUUUUUUUUGUAUACAGAUUACCAAAUCCUACUUUAGGAUGGAUGCAAGUUAGGCACUUUGUAGCGAUGCAAAACGUUUAAGCCGCCUGUUCAUUAUUUUAAAGAAUUAAUUUUGUGAUUCACUAUAAAUGGUAUUUAUGUGCCCUAAAAUAAUUUGUACCUCCCCAAAUGAACAAAGAAUCAAUUUAAACAAAUAAGAUGUGGUUUCGUGCAUUCAUUUGAGUUUUACUAAGUUAACAUUUGUAAACACAGAACUAGCCCUGCCCAGUUUAGAGAGAAAAGCACUGAGGUGUUUAUGAUCUUGAUUCUAGUUGUUGAAUAAUGCUUGUAAAUUACUAGAUAAUCACAUGGUUAUUCUUCCCGUCUUCAGUAGAUGGGGAAGACUUCCUUUUCUUCAAAUUUACUCCAAAAAAUUUUUCCUCCCAGUUAUUAUAAAUGGUAGGCUCAGUUAAUUGUCAACAUAAAAUCCAGUAAAAAGUUACUUAAUCUUUGUAAAUUUCUUUAACUUCUAAAAUUUUCAGCUCCUUUAAAAUUAUCUUUUAAUUUAACAGUGAGCAAAGAAAUAUUUAUUUCAAGUCUUUCAUAUGAUACAUUUCCCACAUUCUACAUAGGCUUUUUAAUUUUAUACAGGUGAUACAGUAAUAUGUCAUGUCUCAGUCUGAAUUCAUUACAAAGUUUUUUUUUUUAAUUGUAAAUAAUAUAUAUGUUUAUAUACUUCUACACUGAGCUCUUCCAAUGAUUUCCAAGAGUUGAGAUGACAUUAUAUACUCUGUAUAACUUGAAUACAUUCAGAAAUUUUGAAUAAACAUUUAUAGAAUACUUUGACUUAAAAAAAAAAAAGCAGUAUCAACAUAAAUUUGAUCUCAACAUGAACAGUUUCCAUGUCAGUUAUUGGUAGAAAGUUUGGGCAAUAGUUUAUGUGCUGUUGUUUAGGAGGCAGCUAUUUUCCCCUCUCAAUAUUAGUGUAUUAGAAAAAAAAAUUUAGAGCCACAUUAAAAAAUACCCAAUGAGAAAAAGGCUACUUGAGAACAACAACAAAAAAAAUUUUUUGGGGGGGGAGGGAGUAGUAGCAUAUGACAUUAGUUUCUUUACUGGGCAAUAAUUUGCUUAAUUUUUUGAGGGACUGUGUCUCUAUGAGAAAUUGAACAAUUUCUGAAAACCAAGUAGCAAAUUCCUAUAUCCUUGAAGGUACUCAGACCUCUUGGAUUCUUAAGCACAGCCAUGUAUCACUCGAAAAAAUUUUGAUAAAAAUGUUAUCGAUGAAGUCAUGCUUUAAUUUUUGUAAAGCACUCAAGUUUUGAGGGAAAUGACUAUGUUUUUCCACUUCUUGAGCUAACUUUAUAACAUUUACUAUAUUAACCUAGAUAUCAAUCAUUUGUAUAUAUUAAAUGAUCAUAACGCAAUUACUGAAGAAGGCAAUGUAGUGAAGGGGGAGCCAUAACAAAAUCUGCUGGCUGUCCACCCAAUUUUGAAAUUCUGAGAAACAACCCAUUCAUGCUUAUGUAAAUCCUUGGUUUCACUUUGUGAGAAGCAAUGAUUAGGUCCCCUGAAAUAGGAAAUUUCUCUAGAAUUGCAAAUCUGGUGCUGAAGUCAUUUUUUGAUCAGCCUUCUCAAAUUCCCUUCUCACUCACAGAGCUUGUUUUGAUUCUUCACAAAAAAUGCUGGGGGGGGGGGGGGGGUUCAUUUUCCUCACCCUUGAGCCAUGUGAUCCACAUGACUGAACAUUUGAGCAUGUUUUCAUUUUCCUAAUGGACUACUAUACUUUUAGAGUACAUCCAGUUCUGUGCUCAGACUGACAAGGUCUUCUCAACUGUUAUUAUAAAAGUUGUGGGACUGAGUAAACUUUUUAAAGCUUAAAGAAGUUUUCAUUGUAUUUGUAGUAAGAGACACUCAAGCAUCUCCAUUAUGAGAAAAAACGUAUAUUUGAGUAUUUUAUAUUUGAUAUAUUUAUUUAUUGCAUCUAAAUUAAAAGGAGAGUCAGCUUUUUUUUAGGGAUUUGGGGUUUCGGGGGGAGGAUAAAAACUAUCAAAUUUGGAACAACAAUAAAUACAUUUUGUAAUGUUUCUUAAAUCCUUUAGAACUUAAAACGUAUACAGGAUUACUGAGGUAGAAAAUGCUCAAAUUUACAAUAUGGACAGAUUUUUCCAUUAAGUCCAAGAAAACAGAAAUAACACCGAAGAUUAGUUUAAUAGAAAAGAAAUAGCUCAAAUAUUUUUCUUCAAUAUAGAUACCUCACUUGAAAAUAAGGAAAGCACAUUGUACUUAAAAUAGUUCUAGUCAACAUAAAAGUUGUGUCUAAAAGAAUUUGCUGCCUUUGGGUUGCCUAUGGGGUUUUACAGUCUGUCAAUAAUAUAUACACAUAUAUUUCUGUGUGUGUGUAUGUGUAUAUAUAUAUGUGUGUGUGUGUUUAAUAUAUGUGUUUACACACAUAUAUUAUAUGCAUAUACAUAUUUGUUUUAAUUCAUGAAGUUAGAAGUAAGUGUUUAUCUACAAUAGUCAUUUACACCAAGGUAUUUCUGAUAAUCUUUGAAAACAAGUGAAACAUCUGUUCUGAAACUGUAGCAAAAGAGAAAAGGAAAACUUUGGAAUUAUGAUCAGUGCAUUCAACGAUUUAUACUGACUUUGCCGAUGACGUACAGUUUGAAGGUAAAAGUUGCUGUGGUUAUAUUACAUGGCACAAGCUGUCCUCUACCUCACAUGAAAUUAAACAAUAUUUUAUAUGGUUUUAGUAAAACCAAGAUGCAUCUAUCUGGGCACCUAGUUUACAAAUUUUGAAUUCUAUUUAUUGAUACAUGACAUACUGUGCUCUUAGCUUAUACCUCAAUUGUAUUUUGUGCUUUCCCCCCUUCCAUUUUCAUGUCUUGUAAAUAUCUUGUAUAGACUGGAUUCAAUUCCAAAUAAAGAAUUGUAAUGAUGAAUUGAAAAGGUCAUGUUUGUAAAUAUAACUUCCUUGUGCCUUUAAGUUUACUUUUAAUCCAUUUAUGCUUAAUAAAAGCCUAUCUAUUUAG